AUGUCUACGCUCAACGUUUUGUCGUAUACUACCAGUCUCGUAUCCGACGAUUCGAAUCAUGCCACCGCUCUUAAAUAUGUGUUGUACCUAAUCACGGUUAUUUUUUUAUUCGCAGUAGUUUACAACAACAAGCGCGAAAGCUACCCGGACCUCCCCCGACUCAACCCCAAAGGCCGUUUGGAGUUUGGAUGGGCAAAGCGGCUUCAGUAUUUCAUGACCCACUGCCCCGACUUACUGGCCGAGGCUUCGCGCCGGUUCGGGGAUAAGCCGUUCAAAUUAUUUACCGAUUUAGGAGAUAUAGUCGUUAUCCCGGCCAAGUACGUUGAAGAGAUUAAAGGCAACCGUGGACUGAAUUUUAUGGAGGUGGGAGUCGAUUCGGUGCAUACCUACCUUCCCGGCUUCGAACCUUUUGCCGCGGAGCCCGCCCUGGUGAAAGUCGUCAACAACAACUUGACUAAAACUUUAGCGAAACUUACAACACCUAUGCUGCAAGAGGCCGCUCUAGGGUCGUCAGAUAUUUUUGGCGAGUCGAAGGAAUGGAGAGAGAUAUCCGUCGAGCAGAUGACGAGCUAUAUCUUACGCAUCUCCAGCCGUAUAUUCAUGGGCGAAGAACUUUGCAGGAAUAAAGAAUGGUUGGAAGCUACGCGCUCGUGGACCCAGGCCGCUUUCAAGGCCGUCUUCGCUUUAAGGGCCUACCCUCGUUCCUGGCGACCGUGGAUACAUUGGUUUAUGCCUUGUGUAAACGAUUCACGACGAAAACUUCAAUAUUGCCGCGAGGUAUUACAGCCAUAUAUCGACAAACGCGAUGCCGUCAAGGCCGAAGCCAAUGCUAGGGGCGAACCGAACCCCUUUGACGAUUCGAUCGAAUGGUUUAAGCAGGAAUGUUUUAAACUGGAAUGUAAAACCAUGUUCGACCCGGCCCAAAAACAAUUACAGCUUAUUGUGGCCGCCGUCCAUACCGCGACCGAUUUACUCAUUGUUGCUUUAAUAAAUAUCGCCAAACAUCCCGAAAUUAUCGGACCGUUACGUGAAGAAGUUAUUAGUGUUUUGUCGAGCGAAACGUCAAAAACGCUGAAUCUUGAAAAAUUGAAGCUUAUGGACGCCGUCUUCAAAGAAUCCCAAAGGUUGCGGCCUAUUAUGACAAUCGCUUUCCGCCGCAAAGCUAUGGAAGACGUUAUACUUUCGGAUGGGUUUAAAAUUAGCAAAGGCACCAUAGUUGGCAUGGACGGGAUCAAAAUCCUACGGAACGAAGAAAUAUACCCGGACCCGUUGCGCUGGGACCCGUACCGCUACCUUGAACUGCGCGAAAAGGGUGAAGAAAACAAAGCCCGCCUGGUUAGCGUUACCCAGCAGCAUUUUGGAUUUGGUCACGGCUUCCACGCCUGUCCCGGUCGCUUUUUCGUCGCCAACGAGCUCAAGAUCGCAUUGGCCCAGAUUAUACUCAAGUACGACAUCAAGGUGCCUAAGAACUUGGAGAACCUGCCCGAGGCCGCAUGGCCCGUAUCAGGGUCCAAUUACAAACUACCAAAUGGGACUAGGUUUUUGUUCAAAAGGCGGAAGGAGGAGCUGGACCUUGGCACUUUGUAG